CCUAAUCCCCUCAGGCCUCAUAAGUCGCAAGUGCAGACUCGCAGGUCUUCGCCAAAGGCAACGCCGGACACCGCAGGUUUCCUCGGAAGCCCACGCCGGUCGCCGCAGCUCUCCUUGGAAGCCAACGCCGUCAUCUCCCUCGCCGUCUGCUAUCCUCCCUUGCCGCAGCGCCUCCCCUGUGAUUCUACCAUUGCCGUCGACAAAGAAGCCUUCCCUGCCGACGAUGAAGCCUUCCUUGCCGACGACAAAGAACAAAUUAGUCACUUUACAUUGUUGAGGUACUUGCAGCAAAUGACCUUGAAUGUGAGGAUCUAGGAUCAAUAUGUCCAACAGAUACAAUGGUUUUGAGCAACUACAUAGAGGAAAUUAUAGUGUCUGCAAUAUCAUACUAUUUGUUGAAUAACAGGGAUCCAGAAUAUCAAAAUGGAAGGCUUAUUAUCUCAUCCAAGAGCUGAACAUUCCGCCACUGAUAAUGCGGAUUGUAAAACGAAGAGCCCAGUUUCUGGAAUUUGGUAAUAGUGUAGUGGUUUGGUUGCUCAGAGCGGAUUUUCUUGCAAUGUUGUUAGUCUGAAGUUUAGUUCCAUAAUGGCCUUGAGAGGCGUGAAAAACCUCCUUUGCGGAUCACGGGUUCUGACUGUCAAGCAGAAUGGUAUGAUGAGAUUGAGUUUGGUUUGGUACCACUGCUCGGAGGAAUCGGAAAGGGGGUCUUUGCCUUCUGAAUGGUAUGAAAAAGCCUUCUUAAAGCUAACCAAGUUAUCUUGCUUUUUGAAGACUGUGGACUUGAUUAAUGGAAGGCCUGUUAAUGUUAUUGAUGAAUCUAGGGUUCAUGAUGACAUUUUGCUAGAAAACUUACAUCAUUUCAAGUCCCUAGCUAGAGACUUCAUUGGGUGUCCUUCAGUUCAAGAAACAAUGAAGAAGAACAUGAUAGUUGCUUUAGGGAGCAAUGCAGAAUGCAAAGAGCCUCUUUGUUUUAGUAAAGCUAGUGAGAGAGAAUCAAUCAGGGUGGAUUCACUCACAAAGGUGGCUAAGUUCUUGGACAUUUCAGCUCAACAGAGGAAGGUAGUCAGGGCAGCAAUAUGCCCUCAAGUCACUCGACAUCAGAUAUUUACUGGUGCACUUGAAGAGAUACUAGAUCUAUUGAAAUCUGAGAUCGAGUAUUCUGAUUCUAGGUGCCCUAGUAACCAAGUUAAAAUGGCAAAGCAGAUUGUUGUGAGUUGUCUUAAGGUUUUAGAUAUUGCGACUUCUUACAACCCAGAGUCCACUUCAUGGAUGCGAGUUGCACCCGUAAAAGAUGCAGAUUCACCUACUACUUCACAUAAAUGGGAAGAUAUUCUGGAGAUGUUCAUUGAUCUUGUUGACUGCUUGAGUGAAGAAACAAAAUUAGCUCUAGAUGUUAAGAAGGCAGAGGUCAUGAAAGAGGGGCUUUAUCAGAUAAGGGAUGUUAGGAUAGAUAAAAACAUUGGAUACAGGGAGACUCGCCAUCAGGAAAACUUAGUACAAAAGAUAUUAUCUAAGACACUGGGUCACUCAUCUCGGUGCUUAUUUACACUUCUCACGUAUUAUCUUUAUGGCAACAUCCAAGAUAUUGAAGUAGAAGUUUGUGGGGGGCUUUAUGAAAUUGGUCAAGGGAAUAAGUUUCGCUUGUGCAUGGGGAAGAUCUUGACAUCAGAUGAGGAGAAGAUAUUGUGGAGUGGAGUGAGGCAGCUGGACAAGGCUUUGGGGCUCUUCAAGUUUAUUUGGGAAACAGCCGGAAUGAAAGGAGAUCUUGAAUUGCAAGGCCAUUUGUGGUGCAUUGGCACUGAUAGUAGAUCACUCACAUAUAGAGGGAAUACUUUCUUGUUGCAUGGGAUUGAUCAUUUCCGUUAAUGGAUUUUACUACAAAAAAUGAUGAAUGAUCCAUAUAGAGGAAAUGUACAUGGUUUUAUGCCCUUGAUCAUUGCUAAAAGGGUUAUUCAUGCAUUUCUCUCAAAUGAAGGAAGUCAACUGACAUGAGAGCCAACGUCCUGUCAUCCUUCAUGUGAACUAAAACCAAUCUAGUGAGUAACUUUCUUUUACUCACACACCGAUUAUUGAGCUUUUUAAUCCCUUCAUCCAAAAUAGGAAUAAUGUUAUAUGCAUGUUAGAAUAGGUGUAUGUGUCCUAUGAUUCAGAAUGUUAGUUACUCUAGCUAUUAGAGUUUGCGUAUUAUUCAUUGUUAGCCAUGAUCAAAUACAUUCAUCAUUACUAUAUUCUUUCAUGGCAUCAAUAGCAACUAGCAAGUAUAAUCUUAUUUAGAUUAACUGCACUUUGCUUUGCGGGCAUGUGGCGAUGGCGAUAUGUUGUUGGCAGGGCAUAGCUCUUUAGUUAUGUAUUAGUUUAGCUUAUCAAUCCAAUAUUCUUCUUCUUCUUCAGUUAUUGUAUUAGUUUAGCCUAUCAAUCCAAUCUUCUUCUUCUUCUUUUUGCAUGAGGUUAGCAAGCAACAAAAGUGGGCACUUAGUCAUGUUCUGCUUCUGUUUUUAUAAAAGUCCACUUUGUUUA